GGACAUGCGCAUUGCAAACUUUCUUUUCCCAGUGCAGCAGUACUGAGAUCCUAGUCUGUAGACUUCGGUCUCCGGACUAGUUGAGGGCUAAAAACCUGCAAAAUGGGCUUCGUUAAGGUGGUCAAGAAUAAAUCCUACUUCAAGAGGUACCAGGUGAAGUUUAGGAGGAGGAGAGAGGGGAAGACAGAUUAUUUUGCCCGCAAACGCCUGGUGAUUCAAGACAAGAACAAGUACAAUACGCCCAAGUACCGGAUGAUCGUCAGGUUCUCCAACAGGGACAUCGUCUGCCAGAUCGCCUAUGCGAAGAUCGAAGGGGACAUGAUCGUCUGCGCUGCCUACUCGCAUGAGCUGCCCAAGUACGGCAUCUCUGUGGGUCUGACUAACUACGCCGCAGCCUACUGCACUGGGCUGUUGCUGGCGCGCAGGCUGCUGAACAAGUUUAGCCUGGACAAGGUUUAUGAGGGCCAGGUGGAGGUUACGGGCGACGAGUUCAACGUGGAGAGCAUCGACGGUCAGCCGGGUGCCUUCACCUGCUACUUGGAUGCGGGUCUGGCCAGGACCACCACUGGGAACAAAGUGUUUGGGGCCCUCAAGGGUGCUGUGGAUGGCGGCCUCUCCAUCCCUCACAGCACCAAACGAUUCCCUGGCUACGACUCUGAGAGCAAAGAAUUCAACGCCGAGGUUCACCGCAAGCACAUCAUGGGCAUCAAUGUCUCUGAGUACAUGAGGUACCUGAUGGAGGAGGACGAGGACGCCUACAAGAGGCAGUUCUCCCGCUUCAUCAAGAACGGCGUCAAUCCCGACUCGCUGGAGGAGAUGUACAAAAAGGCCCACGCUGCCAUCCGCGAGAAUCCGGUCCAUGAGAAGAAGCCCAAGAGAGAGGUGAAGAAGAAGAGGUGGAAUCGUGCCAAGUUGUCCCUGGCCCAGAGGAAGGAUCGCGUGGCCCAGAAGAAGGCCAGCUUCCUCAGGGCUCAGCAGCAGGAGGCCGCGGAGAGCUAAAGUAUCACAUGCAACCCCCACCACCUCGGGCUUCCCGAAACAUCGUUCUAAUAAAUGUAUGGAAAAGAA